AUGUACUGGCGAUUCGGUCACCAGAACCCCUCGGUGAUUGACCAUCUUCUCGAAACUGGAAACGUCUCGCUCGAGGAACUGCUCGAACAGGAUGAUCUCAUUCAGGAGUGCAAGGCCCAGAAUCCAAGGCUCAUCGAAUAUUUACGUGAACCGUCAGUGCUCCAGCAGCUUCUCAGCUAUAUCACGAGUGAUGACCUCGAAGAUCGCGCACGGUUCAAAUAUCCAUUUAUCGCCUGUGAGGUGAUUGCAUGCGAGGUCUGGGGUAUCUUUGAGUCGGCAUUAACCCAUAAUGACAUGCUCGUCAAGUUCUGGGAGUUCCUUGAUCGACCUCCUCCUCUGAACCCUGUCCAGGCCAGCUACUUUGCCAAAGUGAUUGGUGUAUUUUUGAUGAAAAAGACGAAUGAGAUGUUGAGCUUUAUCCGCUCCCAGCCUAAAGUGGUGCCAAAACUCUUGCUACACAUGUCAACGUCUGCCAUCAUGGACCUGUUGCUCAAGAUUAUCAGCAUGGAGGAAUCGUCCGAAGGAAAGGGAACUGUUCAGUGGUUGAGCGAAGAGGGUUUGAUGCCAUGGCUCGUGAAUCGCUUGGACCCCAACUUUGACGAAGAGGUACAUUCAAUUGCAUCACAAGUAUUGCUGGACAUCAUCGCCAUCUCCCAGUCCUCUCACCCCGAGCAACCUUCCAUCGGAACAAAUGUGUUGAUUGAAGAGCUCAAGAGCGAGGUCAUUGUUGGCCAGCUCGUGAGCUUUAUGCUGGACAGAGAUGCUCCUUACUCGUCCUCCACUCUGAUCAACGGCGUCACCAUCUUUAUUGAGUUGAUCCGAAGAAAUAACAGUGAUUAUGACAUGGAGCCACUUCCUCCAAAUGCCGCGGAGCCUGUGCGUGAGGCAGUGGAUUUGAGCGAUCUUCUCAAGGUCUUGGCAACCCGGAUCGAGGACUUUAAGGACCUUCUCAUCGUGCCCAGAUCAACGACCGGACCUAUUUUGACAUCGAUUGGAAAGCAGACCCCUCUUGGAUUUGAGCGUCUCAAGAUCUGCGAGAUGUUCGCCGAGCUCCUUCACUGUUCCAACAUGGCCGUUUUGAACUCCAAGCCAAUCAUUACGGUGUCGGCGGAUGGCACUGUCAGGAUACCCAAAAUGUCGGUCACCGCACUUCAUCAUCAGGCGCACUCAGUAAAUGGCGAUUCAGAUGGGGAGGACGGACACAAUGGCAGUAAGGACCAACAACACGACUCGGGCAAGGGCUCAAGCACCACCGACAAGGAUACUACUGACGACCACGCCACCCCACGCACUUCUUCUGACGAACCAAGCCCUUCGACUUUAGCCAGCUCGACAAUUGCAACUCUUGCGUCUGCCAAUGCGAUUGAAGGAGACGUUUUGAUUCCAGUUGGAGAUUUUUUGAAGCUGCAGUUCGUGGAUCACCACAUUAUCUCAACUUGCUUCGAUCUUUUCUUCCAGUUCCCCUGGAACAACUUUCUUCACACAGUGGUCUACGAUAUGGUUCACCAGGUGUUCCACCGACCCAUGGGCGACAUUGGGCGUCCCGGUGCUGAUGGUACCUACGUUCCUCCCAAGGCUGACCAGGAUAUGACUGAAGGGUGGAACAGGAGGCUCACAGUGUCGAUUUUCAAGGACGGACAGCUGACCAAGCGUAUUACAGAUGCUCAACGACUCUGUGAUUAUGAAUGCGCGCAACCAAAGGGUGUCCGUCUUGGCUACAUGGGUCAUUUGACAUACAUUGCUGACGAGACUGUCAAGUUGCUGGAAUUGUACUCGCAGACGUCUUUGCUGUCGACGCUGUACGAGCAUAUCGAUCUGGAAGACUGGUGGAACUAUGUCUCCAAGAUUCUGAAGGAAACUAAGGAACGUGACGCCAAGGUCUUGGGUGGAGCUCGUCCCAACGUUGUUGAGAGCCACAAGCCUGAUCAUGAUGAUGGCAAUGACGACGAUUAUAUUGACGACAACGACGAGGAUUAUGGAAACGACUUUAUUGGUGGCGACAUUGGAGCAGGCCAUGAGGGUGAUGUUGCCAGUGACCAGUUUGCACGCUACUUAUGUCAGCAGAUCACAAACAACCUGCCUGACAAGUUUGGAUCUUCGGACGAGGAUGAGGAUGACGACGAAGGCAACUGGAUCGGAGAAUAUGGAGCAGAGAACCAGUUUGACCGCGCUGGUGCCCCAGGAGCUCUCAGCGAUCCUUUUGGCAACAACCACGCCAUGGACUUUGAUAGCGACGACGAAGAUGGUGUCGAUGAGGAAACAUGGAAUGCAGAAUGGCCAACGAAACCUGCGGAGCACAAUGGCGUGCCGGUACAAUUGGACACCAAGCUAGUGGAACAAUCGGAGGACUUGCAAGGAGUCACAGAUGAAAAGACGACGCCGACAACAAAGGAGAACGAAUCAGCCAAAGUCAACGCGUCAGAAUCUAAUACUCCUACGACAGCAACGGCAGCACCUUCAACAAACCUUGACACAGCUACACCUGUCAGCACUGCGACGGCGGCUACUGGUUUGAACCAAGCUGGUAAAUCUGAGUCGGAUGAACCCAUGGUGAGAGCUCCAGCGCCUGCGCAGACAGUGAGCAAUGGUGAAGCAAAGAACAAAUACGUGACUGUGAACGGUGGUGACAAGGCCUCUGGCAAUGUCUCGACCGAAUCAGCAGCUAUUGUGGAGCCUGUCAAGUUGGCACCCGAGAUCCAAGCACCACCUCCGCUCAAGAAGUUUGUCCUUUCCAAGGAGUCGUCUGCGUCAUCACCCUCAACACCCGUUGAUACGGCGCCAUCUGUGGUCAAGGUGGAAAUGGAGGUUGUUGCUCUCUCUGAUCCCGAUCAACCCUCUCUCAAGAAGACAACUCCUGCUGCAGUUGCUGCCACGCCUGCUCCUGCCACACCUACUACUACUGCUGCUGCCGCUGCUACCACUCCUGCUCCUGCUCCUGCUGCCUCCACUCCUGCUCCUACUCCUGCUGCCUCCACUCCUGCUUCUGCUCCUGCUUCUGCUGCCUCCACGCCUGCUCCUGCUUCUGCUGCUUCCACGCCUGCUCCUGCUCCUGCUGCCUCCACUCCUGCUCCUACUCCUGCUGCCUCCACUCCUGCUCCUACUCCUGCUGCCUCCACUCCUGCUCCUGCUCCUGCUUCUGCUGCCUCCACGCCUGCUCCUGCUCCUGCUGUUUCCACACCUGCUCCUACAACUACUGUUGAGAAGCCAAAAACAUUGGAGACAAAGGCUGAGACGAAGACUGAGACGAAGGCUGAGACGAAGGCUGAGACUGAUGUCAAGGAUACGUCAAAGCAACUGGACGCACUCAAACUUGAGAAGUAG